UAGCAGUUUCUUCUUCCUCCCCGAGAAUCCGGAAACCCGAACGCCAUCCCGGAAUCGUCCUCCCUCCCAUCCCCAUUUCAAACCCCUCCUCUCUCGCACCCAACCCCCCAAUCCCGCCGCUCCCUCCGGCGAUUUCUCCGGUCGCGCGCUCCAGUCCGCCGUCUCCGCCCCGCCCACCCGCACGCCAGGUCGCUGCGCUGCACACUGGCCGCGCCGCCCUCGCCGGGACCGGGAUGAGCGCCCACCAGCUCCUUCAGAUGGAGUCGGCCUGCGGGGCCCUCAUGGGCGAGCUCCAGGUGAUCUGGGACGAGGUCGGGGAGCAGGACGCCGAGAGGGGCAGGCUGCUGCUGGAGCUCCAGCAGGAGUGCCUCGACGCCCACCGGAGGAAGGUGGACCAGGCCAGCCGCUGCCGGGCCCAGCUGCGGCAGGCCAUCGCCGACGCCCAGGCCGACCUCGCCGCCAUCUGCUGCGCCAUGGGCGACCCGCCCGUCCACGUCAGCCAGUCGAACAAGAAAGCAUGUGGUCUACGUGAGGAACUGAGUGCAAUCGUCCCAUAUUUGGAAGAGAUGAGGAAGAGAAAGGUCGAAAGAUGGAACCAGAUUCUUGAUGCCGUAGAGAAGAUCAAAAGGAUAUCAUCUGAGAUAAGGCCUGCAGAUUUCGUCCCUUUUAAAGUACCUGUGGAUCAAUCUGAUCUAUCCUGCAGAAAGCUAGAAGAGUUAAGAAUGGAGCUGCAGUCCCUAGAAAAGGAGAAGAAUGAACGGCUAAAACAAGUAAUGGGUUGCCUGAAUACUUUACAUUCUCUAUGUAAAGUACUUGGUAUUGACUUCAAGCAAACAGUGUCUGAUGUACACCCCAGUCUGGAUGAAGAUGAAGUACCAAGGAACAUAAGCAACACCACAAUUGAGAGGCUGGCACUGGCAAUACAGAGACUACACGAAAUAAAAAUCGAAAGGAUGCAGAAGCUUCAAGAUCUUUCAUCUACAAUGCUAGAACUAUGGAACCUUAUGGAUACACCGAUAGAAGAGCAGCAGGUGUUCCAGAAUGUAACAUGCAAUAUUGCUGCUUCAGAAUCUGAAAUAACAGAGGCCAACACCCUUUCCAUUGACUUCCUGAGCUAUGUGGAAGCUGAGGUGUUGAGGCUCGAACAGCUGAAAGCAAGCAAAAUGAAGGAAUUAGUUCUCAAGAAGCAAACUGAACUAGAAGAGCUUCGCCGACAGGCACAUUUAGCUGGAGAGGAACAUUAUGCUACUCAGUUCAGCAUUGAGGCCAUUGAAGCAGGUGCUAUUGACCCCUCACUGUUGCUAGAACAAAUCGAGGCGUAUGUUGCAACAGUUAAAGAAGAAGCUUUUAGCAGGAAGGAUAUUCUUGAGCGAGUUGAAAGGUGGCUAAAUGCAUGUGAGGAGGAAGCUUGGCUAGAGGAUUAUAGCAAAGAUGAUAACCGGUAUAAUGCUGGGAGGGGUGCACAUAUUAUGCUUAAGAGAGCUGAAAAGGCACGUGUUCUGGUUAACAAGAUACCAGGAAUUGUGGAUGCUCUAACUAAUAAAAUCACAGCUUGGGAGAAAGAAAGGGGCACUGAGUUCAUUUACGAUGGUGUUCGACUUUUGUCGAUGGUUGAAGAAUAUAUGGUAGUCCGCGAAGAGAAGGAGCAGGAAAAGAAGAGACAAAGGGACCAGAAGAAGCUUCAGGAUCAGUUCAAAGCUGAGCAGGAGACACUCUAUGGAUCAAAGCCCAGCCCUUCAAAGCCUCACAGCGCGAAGAAGGUAACCGGAAACUCCACGGGUGGUGCAAACCGGAGGGUGUCUCUCGGCGGAGCUGCAGCUCAACCUCCAAAAUCAGUGACACCUCGCUCAAAAUCUGUCCGAGCAGCAAAGAAGACGGAAGAUACUAGCACUCUGUCCCCUGGCGGUAGAGGUUUAGGCACUCCCAGUCUUCCCGUCAAGAAGUUAUCUUUCAAAGCAAGUACUCCUGGUGAGACUGAAUCUCCUCGCAAACCCUUCACACAGAUCGCACUCGGAAAUAGCAUCCCAUCGACGCCCGUGCGGUCUAUCUCCAGUGGCACUGUAGACGAAAACCGGACCCCCAAGACAUACUCAGCACCAGCUCCGAAGACACCGAUCGCAGUGAGUGCUCCUAUGCAAAUGGACAUGAUGCCUGUUCUGACCGCCACAAGAGCUACUCCUGCUUACCUUGCCUAUGAAAAGCCGGAGCUGACUCUGCCUGAGAGCAUCGAGUACUCGUUCGAAGAGAGGCGUCUCGCCUAUCUUGCCGCACAAGCCGCCUGACUGUCAUGGGAUGCCAGGGAAAAGCCAUUGUGUAGGUAGCUGAAUGUAUGAGAACUGAGAACUAGCAGGGUGUCUCUUGCGAGAGACGCUUGACUAAACCAAUGUAGCUCACAUUUUUUUGAUUGAAUUACAGCCACAUGUUAUGCUUCUAAUAGUUUGAUGGUAAAGAGUA